CCCACAUGGAUUAAUGCUAAAUUGGUUAGGGACUUAGGGUGGUUCAUUUGACACCUAUACCAAUCAAGGUUUAGCUGGUUGGUUGCCAUGUGGGCUUUUUGGUCUGGGCCAUAUGUAUUAAGGCUGAGUGGAGUGGGCUAAACCAGUUGGACAACUUUUCCUAAGCCCCCUAAACCCUAAGGAUAAGCCUGAAGCUCCAGAAGCUAUGCAGGGAACUUUGCAUCUCUCUUGAGAAUCAGAUCUUCAACUUUAGUCCUUCCAUGAAUAAAAUUUUGUAUUGUUUAUCGGCAAAAUAUUUGCAUAGAAAUAUAUUCCUGUACUGAUGUUUUUUGUUUUAGUUGUUGGCAGAUACCAAAAUAAGAGCCAAAGAAGUUUGAAUGUCAUCAUGUCUGGUUACAUUAGACGAGCAUUCUCGUACCGUAACAUGUUGCUCCGAACCUCUGGUGUUGUUCACAUUUGUGACAUGUCUCACAUUAAAACUUGUAUGUUUGAUAGCAAUAGAGUUUUUACUCUCCAAUCAAUGCCCAAGUUUAUGGUAGAGAGUCGCAGAGCCUUUGCCAAAGGACGAAAGUCAAAGGAUGAAGGGGGUGUCAGUACAAUUGAAGUUCCCCCAAACCUAGGGCCUACUAUUAAGGCAAAUGCUAUCUCACAGAUGGAAGCUGCAAUGGCUGCAUUAUCAGCAGAACUAAACAAGCUACGAACAGGAAGGGCAUCUCCAGGAAUGCUUGACCAUAUUAUUGUUGAAACUAGUGGUGUGAAGAUGCCUUUGAAUCGGGUUGCUGUUGUUUCAGUUAUAGAUUCAAAAACGUUAUCUGUUAAUCCUUAUGAUCCACAGACACUUAAACAAUUAGAGAAUGCCAUUGUUUCAUCUCCAUUGGGGUUAAAUCCUAAGUCAGAUGGUGAAAGAUUGAUUGCUGUUAUUCCACCAUUGACCAAAGAGCAUAUGCAGGCUAUGAGUAAAUUGGUUGCUAAAUCAUGUGAAGAUGCUCGCCAAAGUAUUAGAAGAGCUCGGCAAAAGGGAAUGGAUGCAAUUAAAAAAUUGUAUUCAAGCCUCCCAAAGGAUGACAUAAAAAGAUUGGAGAAAGAAGUUGACGAUUUAACAAAAAGAUUUAUCAAGACUGCAGAAGAUAUAUGCAAGGCAAAGGAGAAGGAAAUUAGUCAAGGUUGAGAUCUGGUGUUAUUGUGAUAUUUUUCAGAGGAUUUACUGCUUCAUUUCUCCUAUAAAUUUGUUAUGGCAUGAAAUUUGUCUGAUCUUUGGUCGAGUGCCACUCGAUCAGUCAUUACAUGUAAGGACUAUUAUGGUGUUAUGGCAAUUUUGAAUAUAUAAAGGAUGAAACUUUCAGUUUCAACCUGUUGGUUUGGAGUUACAGCAUUGAGAAGGCUGCCGGAUGUUGUGGUUGAUCAACAUCUUGUGUUUACGGUAACUUCCUUCGUUAGUCUAAAUUUGUAUGUUCAGUUCUAAUUAUAAGCAGGGGGUGUAUAAGAUUUAAAUGGGGGAUAUUAGGUAAUGAAGCUGGCACCCGAGUUUACGAUAGGAUUUGUUGGCGUCAAGUCGCAUGUUUUAGCUGUUUUGUGUUGAUUUUGUCAUUGCUUGAUGCUGUUCAUGCUUCAAAGCAUUUGUUAAUUUUUUGUGUGAUGUUUGUAAGCAUGAGGUCAAAGGAUUAAUGACAAAUUUGAUUUAUCAAAAUUACAUUCAU